CUGCCCCGCGCCGCUCCCUCGCUCCGGGGCGCCGCUGGGCUGGCAGAGCGCCGGGGGCGCCGGGCGGGAGGGCCGGGCUGCGGAGAGGCCGCGCCCGGAGAGGGUGGGCCGUGCCCGCGCAGGCGGCCCGGUGAACUGCCCGUGCCCGGGCAGCCGGGGCGGCCGUGCCGAGCUCGUCCGGUCGUUAACCGCACACACCGGUGCUCCGGUCACUCACCGCGGGGAUCUGUCCGUGGGCAGAACGCUGACUUGUUUUUGUUGGGUGAAUGACACUAGCACUUGUCGAAACUCUGCUUUGCUCUGUGUAGGUUUGUGAGAAACGUAGAUUUCCAAAAUGAAUAAAGAUGCGCAGAUGAGAGCAACCAUUAACCAAAAGCUAAUAGAAACAGGAGAGCGAGAACGCCUUAAAGAGUUGCUGAGAGCCAAGUUAAUUGAAUGUGGCUGGAAGGAUCAGUUGAAGGCACAUUGCAAAGAUGUCAUUAAAGAAAAAGGAUUAGAGCAUGUUACUUUUGAUGAUUUGGUGGCAGAAAUCACUCCCAAAGGCAGAGCUUUGGUACCAGACAGUGUAAAGAAAGAACUCUUGCAAAGAAUAAGAACCUUCCUUGCUCAGCAUGCCAGUCUUUAACUCUGACAUUCAUCUGAGAUACAGUUUCCUGUAUUACAUCAAUCAUGUUCAGGAUUGGAAUGCAGUUUACAUACUUAAGGAAGAAAAAUGUUUAAAUUUUCUUCGCACUGUAUCGAUUGCUUAAACUUGGUGUUAUUUUAAUAAAAAAUUUUGUGGA